AUGCCCAAACUGAUGGAAGUCUCUGAAGUCCACAAGCAGUGCAAGGAGCGAUCCAAUGGCAUCCAGGCGAGCCAUGACGAAGACCUGCUCCAACCGAGGAGCUUGCUCCUCAUGCUUUAUUUUAGAGGUCGAUACCAGCCUUGUGGCUUUUCCGCGGCCGGUGGCGAUGCCAUGUACCUGUGCAUGGUCACCAAGGCGAUUGUACCGAUAUUUCUGAACUACUACGGCAAGCUCGUUGCCUGGGAGGACCAUGCGGACGCCUUCGACUGGAUGCACACCCGAGAACAGUUUCUCCUUGGCGAGGCGCUCGACAUUUUGGAGGCGCAGGACCGCAUGAAGUUUCUUGUCCACUGCUGCGAGAAGCUCGCGGUUUCGACGUCGCUGGUCGUCAUGGCCGAGGAGGCGCCGUCUCGUCCGCCGGGCCGUCUUGAUUUCGGCUCAAUUGAGUCUUCGCUUGCGGCCCCGACCUCGGCAGCUGAGGACCAAUACGAUCCCAGUUGCUUCUCUGACCAGCUAAUGAUCUACAAAGAGCACCGCCAGGAGCUGAUGAAGGACACGGACGGCAAACCGCAUCCGAUCCUGCAACCGACCAAGAUGGACGUUUUCUGGGAACGAAUUAUUAGCAACGUCUUGCUCGGCUCGCAUGUAGAGCUCGAGCGACUCUCUCUCCACUCAGACUUCCCUGAGGAGGACCUGGUUGCCAUCCUGCUAUUCCGUUACUUCGUCUACCAUCUGUCGAAAGACUGGCUGAACGACCUGAAGACGACCGUCGUGGCCUCGCCACCGGUGCGCAUCGUCCGUUUGUUCGCACAAGACCUCAACAUGAUCUCCAUCACGAGCAAGCCGGGUCUGAAGCGGAAUGCCUUGGAGCGUCUGCUGCGCUCCGAACCGCGGGCCCAAAGAGUUGAUCUUUGGCUACGUGCUGGACGGAUUGGCAAUUUCUCGAUCAUGUGCGAGUGCCUCCGACAGCUGGACAUCUACCAACCGUGGGUCAACGGAUACGAGAGCUCAUAUUCCAAGGUCAUGCUCAUUUACUUCAAGCUCAGCCAUCCAGCAGAUAAGGGGUUCUUCUACCCGAUGGAGAAGACCGAGGAGACGGUAAAGACGCUGCGGCAGGCGGAAGCGAGCCUCGACGCCUUCUGGGACGAUCUCGGCAAGUGUCUCCAUGCCACGGCUGGCGAUCUAAGCAAGUCGGUGCUGAGGAGGCUCCUGUCCCAGCAACGCACUUUCAAGCGGACACCAGGAUGGGCCGCCCCCGGCACCGCCGGAGAAGGGGAAGCCGGCAUAGCCAGCUGCCGCCACGCAGUGACGGCCCUCAACAUCGACGAGCAACUCAUCUUCCACGUGGACUGGCGCGCCCUCAAGGUCUUCCGCACGCUCUUCUUCCAGGCGGCCGUGACCUCGAACCCCCGCGAAGUCUCGUGGCACAAUUUCUUGCACGACAUGACGAGCACCGGGUUCCGCGCCGAGAAGCUGUACGGCUUGGUCUGGCACUUCCAGCCGUCGCGGCUCGACGUCGGGCGGAGCAUCCAGUUCCAUGAGCCGCAUUCCGGGGGCAAGAUUCCGUUCCGCGUGGCGAGGCGCAUAGGCAGGCGCCUGGCGAGGGCGUAUGGUUGGGUUGGGCGAUGUUUGCUUUGAGGGCGAAGUAGUGGGUUGUGUUUUGUUGGGCAGUCGGGAAUCAAAGGUUUGGAUUUGGACGUGUGAGGCCUGAGUCGUGGAGAAGGCAGAAUCUCACUGUGUUAGAGGGGGAUAAUACUUGAUCUUUCAACAGGUGGAACACCAUGCUGGAGAUAAGGUUUGAGGAUAUUGCCAUGUUGGCGGCGCCCCGGCCGUAGACCAUACUUGUGGUUAAGGUUAGCAGUUUUUGGAUCCACCCCAAGUGAUACUUGGCGAUUUAAACCUACCUAGGUCGGGCCGAAUGCCCACCUGCUAGUACGUUUCAUUCUACC